AAAAUUCGAUUAUAAAAAAGAAAAAUAAGAUAAUAAAAAGCCACUGCAAUUAAAUGCCGGCUCAUUUAAAAUUCAUGGAAUGAAUUCAAACAUGUGCUGAUCCAAUUACAAACAUACGUACAAACCGCCCAUUCGACGACGAAGUUGGUUGAGGAAAAAUACCCCUCAUACAUGUAUGCAUGAGCGGUGCUCGAAACUGACAAAUUACCAUAGCUAUCAGUGGCAAUAACAAAAAAUAAGAACCGCUAUCGCUACAGUUCUAAGUUGGUCUCAAACAACAACAACAACACCGACAUCAACAACAACAAGCUGUAUUUGCUGGUUUUCCAAGUGCCGUCUGUUAAAAUCCACAACAAAUCAGUUGUGUGUAAGUGAGAAAAAAAGUGAAAUAAAAUAUAAAAUAAAUAUAACGGAACCCUCCAUAUAUCAUUGAAAGACAUAGGUGCUAAAUAUUAUUUUUGUUAAAAAUAAAAAAAUACAAAAAGUGUUAAAUACGCCACACAUUACUGUCACCACAGCGGAAAAAAGUCACCAAAUAAGAAUAACAACAACAGAAGCCGCAGCAACAUAGCUUCCAACCCAAAAUCAUUCGGUUACUGUGUCAAUAUUAUUAAUUGCCAACUCAUUUCGAUUUGCUCGAGUGCCAGCCAAUAUUUGGCAACGGAAUACGGCAUUAUUUUGUGCCAUUGACAUCGAUGUCCCGUAACCGACACGCAGACACGUGACAUCUCUCUGCGACUGGCGUUAAACAACUGGAUUAGCCUUUAAUUGAUUUAAUUGCAAGAGCAGCAGAACCAGAAGCUCUUUGACAAACACCAAAGUGUAUGAAAAAAAAAAUUCAAAUUAAAAAGAAAAGGAAAAGUACCCAUUCGCACACACAUUCACACACACGCCACCCGGCAAUUAAUUAAUUUGCUCAGCGUGUAGAGUGGCUCGGUCGGCUUAAAGUGACGUUUGCCGCUGCCUGUUCCGCGAACAACACACAUGUGGGGUUCAUUAUGAUUCUAUUAACUUGAUAAACAGUUAAGACAAUCCCGCAUUAUAAAUGACAAACUCUUUGCCGCCGGACGCCGACAUCAUCGAAGUUCACCGGAACUGCGGGAUAAACACAUGUUAGCAACGCAACCAGAUCCGCCGCCAUAAUAACAUUUAUAAACCCAAAACAGACAUUUAACCAGGCCGGUGAAAUAAGCCAACCAGCCAGACAGCCCUUAUCCACUCAUCAGCCACCAACCAACCAAGCAACGAACCAGCCACCAGGCAGUAAUAACAAAUCUAAUGAGUGCGCCGGUACCCAGCUAAAGCUGUUCGUGUGUUUGUGCCAACGCGUUGUCAGUCGACAACAAGAAGAGUGUGAAUAAAAAAAUAACAAAAAAAACAAUCAAUUAUUCUGACAAAAGGCGGCUUCUAGAGGCGUUGAAAGCAUCUACGCCACAAUUUCAAAAAAAAAUUAACAUAAAUUAAUUAAUUACCAUCGACACAGCCUCCUAUAGCCUCAGCUACAUAGCUUCCCUGGAUACAAACAGUUCCUGUUUGUUCCUCCCCUCCAUUAACCGUUAGAAGGAAUUGUAAUUAUAAUAAAGCUAUCAACACCACCAUGGCCAAGGAGCUGCAUACACUCGGCUGGGAUUAUGUGAUGUUUGCCUUGUUCAUUGCGUUCACCGUAUUCACACCGCUAUGGAAACGCUUGUUUGGCAAACAAAAAGCUCGCAGCAAAGCGGAUUAUGUUUUUGCAACAGGCGGUGUUUCCAUUGUGGCUGUAAUGAUAUCAAUUGCCCGAGGAACCCUAGGUGUGCGAACAGUGUUGGGUUAUCCCAGUGAACUGUUCUAUCGCGGCUCAGCCAUGUGGGAAAUUAUCUAUGGCAUGGCCAGUGCCUAUCCCUUGGUCUGUUUCAUAUUUGUGCCAGUCUAUUUUAAUUUGGGCAUUACUUCGGUUUAUCAAUAUUUAGAUUUAAGAUUCAAAUCCCGCAUGGUGCGUUGCCUGGCCUCGGCCACCUAUAUAAUACGACAGAUAUGCUCUCUGGGUGUCACCGUCUAUACCCCAAGUGUGGCCUUGUCCACGGUAAUUGGCAUACCAUAUUGGGCAUCCAUUAGCGGUAUGGCGACAAUUUGUAUCUUUUUCUCCAUCAAGGGAGGACUUAAAGCCGCCAUAAAUGCGGACGUCAUACAGACGGUGACUGUCAUCCUUGUCUCCAUUGUGAUUAUCGUGAAGGGCACCAUAUUUAGUGGCGGACCGAAACGGGUGUACGAUAUAAACCAACAGGAUGGUCGCCUGAGUUUCUUCAAUUUCACCGGAGAUUUCUCUGUCCGCGUGGACACAACCUCAGCAUGGCUGGGCCAAUUGUUUGUAUCGCUGUCACAAUUUGGCUGCCAGCAGAAUUUCAUGCAGCGUUAUGUGAGCCUAAAGUCGUUGAAUGAAGUUAAGCGUGCCAUGAUGUCCAAUAUACCCAUAAUUUUCGUGUUCUUUUCCCUUUCCUGGAUAACUGGCCUGGUUAUCUAUUCAUCCUAUGCCAGCUGUGAUCCUCUGGCCGAAGGUUAUAUAAAUAAAGCCGAUGAAAUUCUACCCUUCUAUGUUGAGGAUCAAUUGGCCUUUAUACCGGGUUUUGUGGGAAUAUUUAUGGCCACUCUGUUCAAUGGUGCCCUGUGCAUGAUGGUGUCCAAUUUGAAUUCCAUGGCCACCGUAAUAUGGGAGGACUUUUUGACAUUGAUACCGAAAUUCAAAAAUCUCAGUGACCGCCAGCAGUUGAGUUUGAUCAAAACGGUUACCGUUAUAUGUGGCAUACUCAUUAUGGGCGUGGCAUUUGGGGUGGGCCUACUAUCCGGUGUGAUUGAAUCAUCAAUGAUGGCAUUUUCGGCAACAUCCGGUCCAUUGUUGGGUUGCUUUAUACUGGCCAUGUUGGUGCCCAUUGCCAAUUGGAAGGGUACUUCCGCUGGCAUGAUAACGGCCUGUGCCUUCGUCCUGUGGAUCAUUGGCGGCGCCGCAACCAUCGAUAAAUCGGAAAGCAAUAAAUUUUUGCCAACAUCAACAGAGGGCUGCUCAAAUUUCACAUUUUCACAAUCGAUACACAAGCCUACAAGCGAUGAGUACUCCUUCCUGCCAACUCAAUCAUCCUGGCUAAUGCAGCACACGCCGGUCAUGCCUCUAGAUGGCAGUGGCAACAACAACAACGACAACAACAUCAUCAAUGGUUAUGGUAGUGUUAACAGCAAUUACGUGAUGCUAAACGAUACUCUGCUGGCAAUGGUGGCAAAUCUCUCAACGACAGCAGCAACAGCAGCAACAACAACGGCAGCUGUCGAAGAACGGACACCACUGCAGCACAUGUACUCCAUUAGCUAUAUGUAUUACAGUCUCAUAGGCACAGCGCUGACUGUGCUGAUUGGUUAUAUAGCCAGUUAUUUGACACAGGACCCCAAGGACGCUUACGAUGCGAAAUUACUGCAUCCGGCUGUGUUGCGUUUGUACGAACGUUUCUGGAGCGGCAGUAAGCCGUACUAUAUCAAAGAUGUCAAUAAUACAAUCGUUACCGUGCUUGGCUCCAAUGGCAGUGUUUCAGUAUUUCAAGCAGCAGCAGCAGCACAAGGAGGAGGCAGCGGAUCGUUGGAUGGUGGUGUUGACUCUGCUGCCGCAUCUGCGGAUGUUGGUAAUGGUAAUAGUGGUGCCAAAAUUAAUCACGCUUUUGAGCCACAAAAUGAAGCCAAUAUUAUAAUUGGUGCUGACAACAGUGGCAAUGGUGAGGGGAAGGGUAAAAAUCCCAUGGAUGUGAUUUUCAUCAAGUCGUUACCGGCUGCAUCAUCGCCACCAAAAACCUCAACACUUCAACAAAAUCCCGCCCAAACAACAGUGACAACAACAACGACGAGUAUGACAAAUGUCAAUAAUGACGCUGGCGUCAAUGUUGACAGCGUAACAUUAGAAAUGCCAAAAACACAAAAUACCUCCUCCAGCCACCUGCCCAGUGUUGAACGCAAUCAAUUCAAUGCCAGUCAUCAGCACAACAAUACCAAGGAAAAUGUUUGAUUAUGCCUCCAGAUCGAACAUGCCACAUUUGCCUCCAUUUACAUACAAAAAAAAUACCUUUGCCUUGGCAGAGCUGACCUGCAUCGAAGCAUUAUGGCAGGUUCCUUUUGUGACUUAAUUGAUAUUUACUUAAUAUGAUAUUUUUUUUCUUCCUUUUUUUUGUAAUAAGUUUAAAAUACAACCACAACAACAACAAACUAUUAUUUUAUUAGAAUCCCAAUCUCCAUAUAGAUCUAGAUAAGAAUUUAAUUUAUUCCAUAGGUAAAUUAAACAAAAAAAGAAAAACUAUUAUUAUUAAUAUAAUGAAAGUCUAUAGAGCAUAAGACAACAAUUAAAAAAAUGCAUGCACUGAGAGAAAAACAAAAA